GAAACAUCUGGACGUCUCCCUCUCUCUCUGCUCACAUAGAGGCAGAACAUGUAGACCUAACCACACAAAGACUGGAUUCCUCCCACACAACAUGGCUCGGUGCUGGACGCAUUUGACCGAGCUCCUGGUCCUCCUGACAGCCGGUGCUGUCCACUCUUUAGGAGCAUAUGUGUUGUGUAAGUGGUGCGAUGCUUCCACACCUCGGUGCAAAGACCACAUCUGUUUCAGCAACUGCAACCUGACCUCCACCUGCGAAUCUGAUACAGAAAUCUGUGUUUCUAUUUGGAGGAAGACAAAUAACUCAGUGAAGGUGCAAACGAUGUGCCAUGACCCCAAAGUGCCCCUAGAUGGCGUUGACCCAGCAUUGUUGCUGAAUUUCACCUCCAGAAAAUGUGCCAUGGUCCAUCAGCCUUCAGUGAAAGGGACCAUGAUGGUCUGUGGAUGCCAAGGCGAAGAGGAAUGUAAUGACAGGCUCAUCUUUAGCAAGGGAUUCAGUGGUUUCUCUGGGUUGCAAAAUAAGGAUGUGAUUGGAGUGGUAGUCAUCAGUUUGGUACCUCUCGUCCUCAUAGUCAUAGUGGCCACUGCUGCCUUCUAUUUCUACCAGAUACGCCGCCAUGAUUGGCCUUCCAAACCCACACCAGAGCUCUAUCAGGCCUUGGCCGUACCACACAGUGGACCAGUGCCAAGAGACGAAGGAGGAGAAAAAAGACGAGAGGAUCUUGAUAUCGAACAGGAGGAUUUUCAUACCAAAGAGCUCAGUCUAAGAAAUGACAACAGUUAUAGGUCAGAUUUGCAAAGGGAUGACCUCCUGCCCAUCAAACUGGAUCAAAUGGUGGGGAAGGGACGCUUUGCUGAGGUGUGGAGGGCACGGCAGCUGCACAGUGAGAAAGGGGGAGUCAACCGGUAUAAAACUGUGGCUGUAAAGGUGUUCCCGAGUAAGGAAUAUGCCUCUUGGAAAAACGAGUGCUCUGUCUUCUCUGACCCUACGCUGCACCAUGACAACUUAGUACAGUUCCUUGGAGCCGAAGAGAUACCAAGUAGCGCUCUCCAAACCUACUGGUUGGUCUUGGCCUACUACAGUCUUGGAAAUCUGCAGGACUUCCUUACGUCUAACAUAGUAAGCUGGGAGGAGCUGAUUGCCUUGGCAGGUUGCAUUGCCAAAGGAUUAGCUCACCUUCACAGUGACACAACAACCAAUGGAAUACCAAAGGUACCUGUUGCCCAUCGUGACAUAAAGAGCAGCAAUGUUGUGGUAAAGAACAGAAAGGAGUGCGCCCUGUGUGACUUUGGUCUUGCUUUGCGGCUUGAUCUCUCCCUAACAGUAGAUGACUAUGCCAACAGUGGACAGGUAGGAACAGCACGAUACAUGGCCCCUGAGGUACUCGAGUCCAGAGUGAACCUGGAGGACCUCGAGGCCUUUAAACAGAUGGAUGUGUACUCCAUGGCUAUGGUCCUUUGGGAGAUGGCUUCUCGGUGUGAGGUCAUUGGAGCGGUGAAGAGCUAUGAGCCAGCAUUCGGCUCCAAACUUUGUGAGCAGCCGUCUGUGGACAGCAUGAGAGACCUGGUUCUGAGGGAUCGAGGACGGCCUGACAUCCCCCCAAUGUGGACACAGCACCAGGGCAUGAAUGUAUUCUGCUCCACCAUCACAGAGUGCUGGGAUCACGACCCAGAGGCCAGAUUAACCGUCCACUGUGUGGUGGAACGCCUUAACAUCCUGCAGCAGGGUGAGGAGUGGUGAGGAUAAUCCUCAUCCCCCUUCCUGGGAUCUGGCUUCAUAAGGAAAAUGAAAAUUGACAUUUUAAAAGCAUCCAGCGAAGAGCUGCUGAGUAACCAAAGUUUUUCAAAUACAAAUGACUGAAUGGAAAGUUAUUGGUCAUAUUCCUGACUUGUCUUUAAAACAUAGAGAUUUUUGGAAUCAACAACUUAGUUCUAACCAACAAUAUAUUUUUUCUUCUUUUUGCUUAUUUUGACUUCCUGUUUUCUGCUGCUUUGUUAUGCAUUAUAAGGGAAGCCACUAAGGUUUGUAGAAGUGGGAUGACAUCAGGAAAACGUCCCUGGAGAAACAUCAGAAUGUCACUGUGGAGAUGUUCCUCAUAACCCCACAUAUUUCUAUUGAGAUACUUUGGGAUUUCUGGUCUUCAUCAACUUCUUGAACAGAACCUGAAUAUCAAAAGUGAAGCUUCAUGGGUUGAACUAAAAAGCCACCACAGUUUUAUGACCAAAAAUCAAUUUCAGAACUCUACCCUCAUUGCUUUGCCUUUUGAUUGUGUCAGAAGAUACAGCCUCCUAGGUAAGUAAAGCCUGGUUAAGGCAUUAGCCUUACAAAUGUGAGAUGCCACCAGAAAGUAUUCACACCCCUCCACCAAUUCCAUGUUCUAUGUCACAGAUUUAGUUUUAAAUUAACAAUUUUUGAAACAACAUUUUUUAAACCUGGCUACUCAACGUCCCAUAAUGAGAAGCAAAAACAUGCAUAGAUGCUUCCAACAUGAACCAAUCCAGUGUUUUUGAUGGGACCCCAACCAGUUACACACAUUUUUGAGUUUGGGGCUUUCUAACCCAGCUUUUGGCUCAGUAAUAAGUAUUUGCUGUUUCUCCUUUAACUAGUUACAGCCUUGCUUUAUGAAUAUGCUCUCUGUAAAUAUGAGUGCAGCUACUCUCAGUCAAUGGAAAGACUGUGGUAAUAAAGAGUCAAUUUGUCUUUUAUUUGUGACGGCAAAAAACCACCAUUGAUCUGCUGGCAGAUGCAUACAGAUGGUUUGUUGUGUGAAACUGUUCAUCUAUGUGGAGCUGGUCUCCAUUUAUUCCUAGAAUAAUUGAUGGGGGCUGAUUGUAACGGCAAUAGCCUAAAUGUUGGAGCAAAAAGGAGAACCAACUCCUUCCUGAUCCAUUGAACUCUCUUUCUCAAUUGAUUAUUGGCAUUUUUUCCAUUUUAUCGUCUAAAUGUGUUAUUCUUCACUGUCAUUUGUCUUUAUGGGUUAUAAGAAUAGCAGGGUAUUAGAAAGUUAUUAUAAAGUGUGAUAAUAAAAGAAACUGCAUUAGUCUUUUUGAGCUAAUCUUCUCUUUGGUUUGUUUUGUCUGCUUGACAAAGUUUUUCUAUCUGAUUAUUGUGUUUAAAGCCUUUUUCAUCAUGCAUUUUGUAAAAAAAA